GUGUAUGCGCGCUAUUGUAAUGUGUGUGUGUGUGCGCGCUAUUAUAGUGUGUGUAUGUGUGUGUCAGUGUGUGCACGCUAUUGCAAUAUGGGUGUGCUGUUGUUUAAGACGCCGUCACAUCGCUAUCACCACACUCCAGACAGAUGCCCCAGAGGUCGCUGUCACACUCCAGACUGGCUGUGCCCUCUAGUACCCACAGCCGCGGCAGCUGCUCGGUUGUAGGGGAAGAAGGAGAAGAACGAGAAGGAGCAGAAGACUCGACUGUCACCAUGGAACUGAUAACGAGACGUCCUCUCACCUUGGACUUUGUGAACUUGAGAACAGCGAACGGGAACGGGAACGGGAACAGGAGCGGGAACGGCGAGGUGGCUGCUGAAAUCCUCAUGCCAGCUCCCGGCUCUCCGACUCUCUUCACACUGCGCGACAGGACCCUUCUUUCUGAGGCCAAGCGCAGGCUGUGCGGCUGGGCGCUCGGCACUGCGCUCUCCGGGAUCUUUCUCAUGAUUCUGCAAACGGAGCUUUGCUGGUUCGUCUGCGGCAAGGGUUCCGUCUCUGUCUUCAUCAUCAGAUUGCUGAUCAGCCUGUCCACUGUGUGUCUGCUGGGCCUGCUGGUGGCGUUCCACUACAAGGACAUCCGGGUGUUCAUGAUAGAUCACUCUGUGGAUGACUGGCGCAUUGCCCUGACUGCCCGUCGCGUCCUCUCCAUCUCCCUCGAGCUGGGGGUGUGCGCCCUGCACCCUCUCCCAUUGGUCUGGCUUCCGGUGAGCAGGGAGGAGGAUGGGAGGCUGGGUGGAGGGGGCUGGAACUCCACGCUCCCCUCCCCUCUCGCCUGCUCCCUGGCGGCCUGGGAGCUGCUGCCCUGCUUUCUCAUGUUCCUGCGGCUGUACCUGGUGCACCGCGCCCUGCUGCUGCACAGCAAGACCCUCCUGAGCGCCUCCUACAGGAGCAUCGGCUCCCUCAACAACAUCAACUUCCAGUUCCGCUUCGUGCUCAAGGUGCUGAUGAACACCCACCCCGGCCGCACUCUGCUCGCCUUCAUCGUCUGCUUCUGGCUCACUGCCUCCUGGAUCCUCACUCUCUGCGAGAGGCAGAGCGAAGGCGCCGUGGGCAGGAUGGAGGACACGAUGUGGCUCAUCGCCAUCACCUUCCUGACGAUCGGGUACGGAGACAUCACCCCCAAGACCAGCUGUGGGAAGACAGUGUGCCUGCUCACCGGAGUCAUGGGAGUGAGCUGCACCGCUAUGCUGGUUGCUGUCGUCGCAAAGAAUCUGUCGCUCAACAAGGCUGAGAAACACGUGCACCAGUUCAUGAUGGACAUCAAGCACACCAAGAAGAUUCGCACCGCGGCCGCCAACGUGCUGAGAGAGUGCUGGCUGCUUCACAGGAGCGGCAGAGGCAGGAGAGAUCGUGGAGAAAACAGGAGGCACCAGAGACGACUGCUGGAGGCCAUCCGAGUAUUUCGGAAGGCAAGGCUCAAGCAGAGGAAGCUGAGAGAUCACGCCAAUGAAAUGGUGGAUUUGUCCAAGCUGCAGGUGAUGAUGUGUGAUUUCAAUGGGAACUGGAGCAGCUCAUACAAGGAGCUGGAGCGGAGGAUCGGCUCCAUGGAGCAGAAGAUGGAUGAGCUGAGCAGAGCCUUCCAGGAAACAUCGCAGCUCAUCUCCAGAGCCGUGCAGCACAGAGCCCGAGACAAUGACGUUUUGUAGAGCCCAGAGAGAGGGUGUCCGGCUCCAGUCACCCGUCUGUCCAACAAGACUCUUGUUGACCAGGAAUAGUUGGACGAAAGACGCUGUUGUUCUAUCCUCCAAGCACAAGGGGGCAGACUACAGCUUCUGAACAGCCACGGGACUCUGAUAAGGAAACCACGCCCGUCUCAGAAAUAAUUGCACUCCUGAAACACGCUGCUAAGUUUCUUGCUCUCUUUGGCAGAUACGAGCAAAUCAAACAUUUAAAAAUCUUUUUUCUUUUUGUUGUUGUUUUAAAUGCAAACUGCGACGUGAACAGCCAGAGGCUGGGCUGGAUGGCCCUGACCCCUGUGAAAGGUCACAGCUGCAUUAUUAUUGGUUUAUUUCAACAUUUUACAGCCUGGCUGGGGAAUCCCUCUGGAUUGGAUCUGCCACCGGCCUCGUGAUUAUCUCAAGGUUCAGUAAUUGCUUUGAAAUGAGAUUGUGUUUAUUUGGGGCAAAGUGAACAUUUAGGGUUCAAUUCAGAAAAAAAAAUGUAGCUUUUUUUCGUGAAAAUACCAGAAGAGUAUUCACUCAGAAUACCAGAAGAGUAUUCACUCAGAAUACCACACAGUGUCUUAUUGGUUUUAUAAACUUUUUUUUUUUAAAUGUAGAAAUAUAUUCACUUCAACUCUUAUUUAAAAAAAAAAAAUGUUAAGAGUAAAGUGAUUUUAAAUUUGACCAAACUGGAACCAGACCACUGAGUUACUGGACUGGACAAUUCAAACUGGAACCAGACCACCGAGUUACUGAACUGGACGAUUCAAACUGGAACCAGACCACCGAGUUACUGAACUGGACAAUUCAAACUGGAACCAGUCUAUAGAGCUGCAGGAGACCAGGGGCUCAGCGCUAGAGAAGCUGGUGAACCACAGAGCCACGAGCUGUGACGAUGCAUGGCAUGAAGAAAAGAUCCCGAGUCUCAGACACACGAUGCACAGUUACUCCCCGAGAGGUGCCAGGCAGUGCUUGAAUGUAGACCACACACACACACACACACACACACAGCGCACACUCGCUCCAAGGAGGUGCCAAGCAGUGCUUGAAUGUAGAUCACACACACACACACACACACACAGCGCACGCUCGCUCCGAGGAGGUGCCAAGCACAGUGCUUGAAUGUAGAUCACACACACACAGCGCACGCUCGCUCCGGGGAGGUGCCAGGCACAGUGCUCGAAUGUAGAUCGCUGCAGUUCCAGUUCUCUUGGCGCUAUGCAGACGCAGCUCAUUGCAAAGCUGCCCUUCUCUUCGGUAUUGAAGACGGGGAGGUCGCUGACCCUCAUCCUGCAGGACUGGAAACGCUGCCAGCUUUGUUUUUGUUGGGUUUUUUUUUGCCCACAGCUGCACUUAAUCCCUGUACAUAUUAAUUUGUUUUCUAUUGAUUAAAUAUGUCUACUUAA